AUGCAGUUCCUCCGCGGCACCAUCGACACCCUCCGCGACCGCUACGCGCCCAUAACACACACCUCAACCUUCCGCAGCACGGGCCAAAUCACGCCCGAAGAGUUCGUGCUCGCCGGCGACUUCCUGGUCUACAAGUUCCCCUCGUGGUCGUGGGCCCCCGCCGAGCCCCCCAAACGCGUUUCCUACCUCCCGGAAAGCAAGCAGUUCCUCGUGACGCGCGGCGUGCCGUGCCACCGGCGCCUCGACGAGAACUUCGCCGGGGACGCAGGGCAGGAUGAGCAUCUUAUCCGGGAUAUGCUGGGGGGUGAGGGCGGGGAUGAUGAGGAGGGGUGGUUGAGGACGGGGGGCAUGGCGGCGAGCCAGGAGGCGAGGGUGAGGGAUGUGCGGACUGUGGACGAGAGCGGGAAUGUGGGGGAGAGGGAGGAGGAGGAGGUGUUACCGGAUAUGGAGGACGAGGAGGAUGACGAGGAAGCGAUUAUCAGGGAGCCGCAGGGGGGUGGGGGUGCUGCACCUCUAAGAACAUACACACUCUACAUAACCUACACGCCCUACUACCGCACGCCCCGCCUCUACCUCUCCGGCUACCUCUCCCCCUCCGAGCCGCUCCCGCCGCACCUGAUGAUGGACGACAUAGUCGGCGACUACAAAGACAAGACCGUGACACUCGAGGAUUUCCCCUUCCUCGCCUCGCCCGUCAAAAUGGCGUCCAUCCACCCCUGCAAGCACGCGUCUGUCAUGAAGGUGCUGCUGGACCGGGCGGACGCGGCGCUGAAGCUGCGGCUCGCGAAGAUCAAGAGGGGCGAGGAUGUGAACAGAGUGGAUGCGGGGAUGGAGGGGCUGGUGGAUAGGACGAAGAUGCUGAGUGUGGCGGAGAGGGAGAAGGAGAAGAAGGCCGAGGGCGGGGAUGAGUGGGAGGUGCUGGAUGAGAGGGCGGGAGAGGAGGAGGUCGCGAUUAGGGUCGAUCAGUACCUGGUCGUGUUUCUGAAGUUUAUGGCGUCGGUUACGCCGGGUAUUGAGCAUGAUUUCACCAUGGGGGUGUAG